AUGGUCCGCGCCUGCGACUUCUGCCGCACGCGCAAAAUCCGCUGCGACACCGCGAAGCCGACAUGCUCCGCGUGCCGCAACAGUAACCGGGUCUGCGUGUACCACAGCGGCCCACGGAAACAACGACCAUCUGCGGCGCGCAUCGAGUUCCUGGAGAGUGAGAGGGCGGCGCUGGAGGACGCGUUGGUGAGACUGAAGGGUGCGGAUAAGGCACAGCGCGAUGCGCUGCUCGAGUCAGUGGUUGUGCGUGGUGGGCGGGUGUCGCUGGGACAGGGGGGAAGGGUCGCGAAUGAAUGGGAGAGAACGAUGCAGCGGAGUCUUGGGGAUAGGAUUCUUUCUCCGAUGUCGUGUACGAGGGGGGAGGGUGUUGCUAUACAAGAAGAGGAUAAUCGGGGCCGCGAUGACGGCGGUGGGCUGAACCAAGGUGAUCAUGAGCGAGCGCUUUCUCCGGGGAAGGGGAAAGACGUCUGGGCCAUAGGCGUGUCUGAUAAGGCAGACAAGAGCCCUCACGCCAGCGACAGUAUCUUCAGCUCGACGUCUGUCGUCCAGGCCAGCACCGCAAGGCACCCACACAGCCAUGAGCAGCAACGUGCCGCCACAGAGACGCUGCGCUACCAGUUAAUCGCCAACGCCGCAAUGGAGCGACAGCAAGAGCACCGACUGCGCGGGUUAUCGACAAUCCGAGGAGUCCCCGCAGAACUCGCGCUCCAUCUCCUCCACCUCCACUGGAGCCGACAGCACCACACUUUCCUUCUCACGUACCGGCCGGUCUUCAUGCGCGAGCUACAGCACGGAGGGCCCUACUGCUCCGACCUGUUAUUGUACACCGUCUUUGCAUGUGCGUCAAAGUUCUCCGAGCGGCCAGACCCAGAAACCGGACAGGCUUUCUUUGCCCGAUGCGAUGAGCUCUUGCUACAACACGGGCUACUGAUUCAAUCAAGCAUCCCCACCGUCAUUGCCCUGGUCAUGCUUGGGUCGACAUUUAUCGCCAGAGGCAUGGCCUCCAAGGGAUGGCUGUAUACCGGAUAUGCGAUGCGCAUGAUAUACGACCUGGGCCUCCACACUGAGCCGCAGAUCGAAGUGACCAAGUAUAAUGUUGAAGAGAUUGAGAUCCGACGUCGCGUCUUUUGGGGCGCGUUUGUCUGCGAGAAGCUGCAGAGCCUGUAUCUGGGGCGGCCGCCGACGAUCAGACUACAGGAUGCGCAUGUUUCGCACGAGUUUCUGGAUACGUUUGAGGAGCUUGAACCGUGGGAGCCGUAUGACGAUUGUCCUACGAGCACAAAGGGUCCCGGAAUGGUGUCGUUGACACCGCCGUUGGCAUACUCUGUGUCGGUCUUUCAGCAGCUCUGUCUGCUCUCACAGAUCAUGACGCAGAUCAUCGACAAAAUCUACUGCGUCGGAGCAGCUAGCUCAAGCACCCGUCGCGAGAUCGGCGCCCUCGACGAUGCCCUCACCUCCUGGUACACCAAUCUGCCCGACCACCUUGCGUACGAGCCCUGGGCGCGAGACCCUCUCGACCCACCAGCGGCCAUCGCUCCGAACCGCAUCAUCCUGCUAACAACCUACCACUUUCUCAUCGUUCUGCUCCAUCGUCCAUUCAUCACGGCCUCCAACCCAAGCACUCACAGCCACACCACCAGCACACCCGGAAUCCCCCCCGUCGCCUGGGAACGCUGCACCACAGCCUCUCGCCAUAUCACCAGCCUCGCCCUAAGCUACCAAUCCAUCUAUCCACUCCGCAAAUCAAGCUACCUGCUCAGCUACUCGGUUUAUGUCGCAUGCACGAUCCACGUGCUCAACACGGCCUCGCUCGCGGCCGGUAAUGACAGACAUGCGCACGCCGAAUCGUUGACACUGCUCAGCGCGAGUCUGAAGUGUCUUGAUGCGCUGGCGGUACCGAACUCUGGGGUCGCUGAUACGGCGGGGAUUAUUCGGAGGCUUAUAUUGGCGAAUGGGCUCGAGGAGGCAUCGGGUGUUGUGGAAGACCAGGACUUGGCACGGACUCAGCCCUCUGAGAAUGCGCCGCUGUUUUCGAAUGUGUCCCGCGUGUAUGAUGAUAUCGAGCAGAUGCAGCUUUUUCAGGAUAUCUUUGACCCGGGGCAGGACUUGCUGUUUGGAUUUAUGAAUGAGAAUAUAUCUCUGGGGACAUUUGGUUUACAUGAAGGACUUCCUGAUGAACUGAAUACCAAUGAAUAG